AUGAUCGUGAUUGCGGUGGUGGUUGAGUCUCGGUCUCUAGAAAAAGCCCUGACGCCGAGUCCUGUGCAGGCAGUCUCGUAUCUCAGUGUGCAGGGUAACAGCCAGAGCAAAGAUUCUAAGCCUGUCUCAGACCUCACCUCCCGCCUCUCCCUCGACACCAGCAAACUGCGCGACACCCCCCCACAGCCCUCCCAACAACAGCCAGACCCCACCGACUCCCUCAGCCUCCAGCAGCUCCGCCGCGUCGUCGUCGACGCCGGCAAGUUCAAGCAGCCCGACUACACCUUCGUCUACGACACGGCCGACAGCCUCCCCGCCGAGCUCUCCGAGUGGUUCACCUACAGCGCCGACACGACCGCGCUGAUCCUAUCCUCGCGCGCCACCUUUGAGCGCACGUACGCCACGCUCUCGCAGCCGCCGCACCAGAGCGCCCCGCCAAAGACGCCGCCGAAAUGGAACACCAGCAAGGACGUCAAGCGCCGGCGGUUCAUUGCGCGGUGUGCAGACCUGCUGGAGAACGCGGACGCGGAGCAGCGGCUCGUGGGCCUGGAGGGGCUGUUUUAUGUUGUGCAGGGCUGCUUCGGCGAGGUCCGCGGCGGGGAAGAGGAGCAGCUGUGGCGGAUCGAGAAGAAUGUGGCGCUUGUGCGGGCGGCGGGCGUGGUCGAGAGGGUGUUUAAUUGCGUUCGCGGGAGUGUUGGCCGGGAGUGGGGGUUUGUGGAGAAGGUUGUUGCGACGGGGAAGCUCGACGAGGCGGAGCUGGCGGCGAGGGAGCAGGCCGGGAAGGAGCUCAGGGUGGCCCUGAGCGUGCUGUACUUCCUCAUCGAGGUUACCAGGCGGCGUGACACCGCACCGGGCGUGCAUCCCGGCGAAGACAUCGAGCAGGAGAGUCUCCGCAGCGAAUGCACCGACCUGCCCGUCCCCGGGGGUCUGCUCGGCUUCCUCGCCGUGACACUCUCCCGCCUGCGCUGGACCGACGACGACACCACCACCUUCCCGCUGCACGCGCUCCUCGCCCUCACCUGGAAGACGCUCCUCCUCACCUUCGGCUCGUCCGAGCACCACCUCCCCGCCGUCAAGCGCUUCGCCCGCGUCGCUGCCGGCCUCGCCCCCGAAAUCGACAAGAAGGAGAUCACCGCCUCCCCGCUCGACUACCAGAGCUUCCGCAACGACAUCAUCGCAAAAUACCCCGUCUACGACCCCCCGCGCUGCGCAUUCCCCUUCGACCUCUCGUCGAGCUCCGCGUCCUUCCUGCCUACCGUCGCCGCCACGCCGCCGCGCUCAGAGCCGACGGGUGUGGAUGCGCUGGCGACUGCAGGCUCGAUCCUCGAGAAGGCGGUGCACAUUGCGACGCCUGCGCCGUCGCCGCCCCCGUCACCGGGCGGCGGAAAGGGCGGGAAGAAGCAGAACUACCAGACGAACAAUAAUUUCCCGUUUCUGUACCCUGCGGGCGAUGGCGACGGGGGCACGGGCGGCUGCUGGUGGAAGGAGGAGUGUGAGCUGGGGGUGCCGGCGAGUAUCAAGGAGGCCGGCGAGCUGUUUGCGGGCCGCGUGAGGAGCACGCUGGCGAUGCGGCAGCUGUGGGAUGAAAAGGAGGCGUAUGAGAGGUAUGAGAGGGGGUGGGAUGUGGAUCUGGAGGAGAGGAAGGGGGUGAAGGUGGAUGAGGAGGAGGGGGGGAGGGAGAAGAGGUGGGAGGAGAAGAGGCUGGAGGCGGUGGAGGAGCUGUUUAAAGUGGCAUUGCCGCAGCUGCAGUCACUAGUGAUUGUCAUGCUGAAGGUCAUACUGGCCGCCGUCACAGCACCACCACUGCAAGCCCCUCCGCUGCCGCCCCAGGGCCAGCAGAUAUCCUUCGCGGACCAAGAAAACGGAAGAGAUGAGAAAAUGGACUUUGGCGCCAGCAUCAAGGGCUCCUGGAACAUCUUUGGCCGCAACACGCAGGAGCAGAACAAGUUCUCCAGCACCAACCCCAACGCCAACGCCAGCACUGCUGCCAACGCUAAAGCUGCCGGCGAGGGCGGCCAGCCAGACCUCAACGCUAACCACAAGCUCUGGGAGGAGGAGAAGGAGGCCGAGGAGAAGCGGCGCGAUGCGCAGCGCAUGCGCGAGAUUACUAGCAAGGCUGUCAGCGCAAUCCUGCUGGGGCUGCUGAAAUGGUUUCGAGUUUCCCAUGUCCUGAACACGACACCGUAA